AGCUGCCUUUCAGUGCCACCUAUCAGUGCCAGUCAGUGCCACCUAUCAGUGUUGCCAAUCAGUGCCAGUCAGUGCCACCUAUCAGUGCCAGUCUGUGCUGCCUAUCAGUGUGCAUCAGUGCUGCAUAUCAGUGCCUGUCAGUGCCGCAUAACAGUGCCACCUAUCAGUGCCAUAUAUGAGUGCUGCCUUUCAGUGCCCAUCAGUGAUGCCUGUCAAUACCCAUCAGUGCCACCUACCAGUGCCUCCUCAUCAGUG